ACUAGGAGCUGGGAAAACCGUAGGCCAGGCAAGUACGAGGGAUUACUGAGAUAGGGGAGUGGGAUGUCUGGUCAUUGUAGGUUUCAUUGCGAACUGCGGAGUAAGGAGACCAAGGAUAAGCGCGCGAUGACGCGAAGGAGAACGUUUCUUGAAGAUCGCCCCCUGGGCAUUGAGCCACCCAGGGAAGUAGAGGGUGGGGUAGAAGUUAGCCUGCCGGCCGUGAACGAAGGAUGGCACYCGGUGGCGGAUUGGGUCGGGGUUGAGCUUAUGGAAAAUAUGGUUUACCUGGUAACGAGGGUCAAGUGGCGCUCAGAUGAGCGUGGGGAAUGGAACCCGGACCCGCAGGGGCAUGUGCGUGCGGAAGGGCGAUUGUAUGUGUCGGAGGACGGGUGGCGGGAGUUCGGAGUCCGGUUGGCAUCAGAAAAGGAUCCAUUGAGUAUGUUUGAAGGGGCAUGGCAGUUAGUGUGGAGGGCAGGGUUUGAAUUUGCGGAUCCGGGAUUUGAUGACGUAACGGCAGACCUUAGGUUAGCUAGGGUCGAAAGUUUUGAAUUGCCUAGCGAAAACAUUUGGAUGAGGUUGCCGCCUUUUCUGCUGGAAAGGCUAGGCGGACUGGAGCUUGUCAGACAGGCGGUUGCCGACCUCGCUAGUCUGACAUACGAAGACGCGAUGGUACACCGAGAAUACUAUCGGGCCUUCCUAGAAAUAGGGCCGUUCAGCGGAGAGCAGAGGUAUGAGGUAUUGCGAAUCUUGCGCGCGAUGUUUACCACUAGGCCAAGGGCCCCAGUUGUUAGCAAUGGGGUUCUGUGGGGCAUUGUCCGACGGGAAAUAAGUCGGGGGAUGUACCGGUUAUAUGAGCCGACGGAAGUAGUAACAGGCCGGCUAGGUAAAGAAAUGGCGUCACAAGAACAGGACGACAACCAGCAGAACAGAGGGAGUCAGGGUACGAAUAGGGAUGAGAAACAGAACGAGGGGUCAGAUCAGGAAUCAGCAAAGCCAGAAGAGACCAAAGAAGAAGGGAAGGGCCUCUCCACCGGGGAAAGUUCACGAAAAGUUGGGGGUAGCAAAAGGGGACCGCAGGAGAAUAGGGAAGGGAGGGACGAUGAAAAGGGGAGUCCUCGGAACUCCGGAGGAACCACGCCCAAGAAAGCGAAAGUCUCCAAUGCACGCCGCAAAUUGGCAGAAAUAGAAAGGCGGACCGCAGAAUAUAAGGCAAGACUUAUUGAACAAAUGAUGAUCGGGAAUGAAGAGGAUCCCCAGGGGGAAGGAUCGCGAGAGGGACGCAGGACCAGUCAGGGCGAAGCCAGGUACGGAGCAAAAGAUAACAGCCAUAAGGGAACACUCAGCAAGAAGGGGAAGGAAAAGGGGGAGUCCCCGGCUAUAGAGGCAGAAAAGGCCACCACCCCGCCGGCUAUCGAUAGCGGCGCUAGUCGUCUGCCCGCCACAUCCAAAGCAACGAAGGGAUGCGAUGGACCUUGGAGUCUCAGAGAGAGGGUGUUAGGCUGGUUUGAUCCGGAGGGAACAAUGAAAACCGGGGAAAAGCACAAGGAAGGCAGGGAAGGAGAGGGGAAUAAUGCGGUCGGUGAGGCGGGUAGCUCUGAAGGGGGACUUAAAAGGAUAGUAGCCACCCUCACUCGGGCGCUGAAUAAGAAUCAGGGGUAUCUCGCAGACGCAAAGAAGAAACUCACUUUCAAUGGGGCAAACAUCACGGAAUUCCUGAUAGAUUACGAGAACCUGACAGCCUUACUAAAAUGGACUGAGGAAGAAAAGAUGGACCACCUAGGGCAGCACGUAUCCUUGAGCUUAGGAAGGGACAUUAUGGCUAUCGUCUCCUCUAGUGGAUCCUGGAAGGAAACCCGGAAUGAGAUGAUGAGAAAGUACCUGAAGGCGAAAAAAAUGGCUACAGAGGCUGAAUUGGCGGCAAUCCAAAGGAGAAACUAUGCAACUUACAAUGACUUUCUGAGGGCGUUCACUCUAGCGCAGGUGUCCCGACCCGCUCUCCCGCCCCAAGAGGCUGUAGUCCCGGCAGCCGUGGCAAACCGGGGGUAUGGCAGAAGGGAUCCGGCCAAUGAGCAAUGCAGGUCCCUUAAGGGUGAGAUUCUCGGACCCCAGGGAGAGCGCGUAAAUUGGAAUUCGCCAGGAGGAAUGCGGCGUGCCGUCAUCGUCCUCAAUAACUUGGAUAUAGCCGCCGUAGAAGCAGAGCCGGUAGCCGAUAUUGUCUGGGACCAACCAAGGGGACGUGGGCCACAGGCCAAUUUCAUCCUAGAAGGCAAUGGGCAGGACAGGGUAAACAUCACCACCCGACGGGCCAGUGCGGAAAAGAAGCUUAUUCGAGACACGGUAAUGGAAGAGGUUGCUGGGACUGGCGCAGACCAGGAAGAGACUGAGACCGGGGAACAGGAGAAGGUCUACGGGAAGGUAAGGGAAGAGGAGCCGAUAGACAAAGUUGCGGCGACAAAGAAGAAGUUCAGGUAUCGAAUUCCGAUCCUAACCUCGCCCGAAAUCGAUGGCACCCUGAGUAAGAUGCUGGGUACCAUGGUAUCAGUAUCCUUCCAGACCAUGCUGCAAGCCAGCCCAAGGCUGCUUAAAGGACUCAGGCAGUUGCUAACGCGCAAGCGCAUAGAGGUAGAGAAGGCCCUGGAACCACAGGAGCAGGAAACAGAAGAGCCCGAGACGCCGCAAGGGGUCUCCAACCUCCAACGAAUUCCCGGAGAUCUUGAGGACCUGGAAAAGGCCUUUGCAGACAUCCGCCUAAGCCUACCGGACCGAGAAGGGGGUGAAGUCAUGAGGGGGUCGCCCGGGACGAAGCUUAGCUUCCAUGCCUUGCCCGUAGGAAAGCUGAAGGUCCAAACCGGAACCCACCACACAAAUGCAUUAGUGGACGGCGGUGCGGAAAUUACCCUCAUACGACGGGAUUUUGCAACAGUUACAAGCUGCAUCGUAAACAAGGAAGUGAUGGGGAGUAUCCGGGGAGCUGGCGGGGAGAAUCCCUUUGCAGGGUACGUUACGAAAUCCGCAGUCAGGGCGGGGAUCAUGGAAUCAAUCUGGUCCUUCCAGCGGAUGACCGUGAUGAACGAAAUGGACCAUGACAUAAUUCUCGGAAGACCGUGGUGUGCCAAUGUAGAGAUGAUAGGUAUGCAUCUGCACGAUGGCACAUACAUGGUAGACAUAGAGGACCCAGUGACCGGCCGCGGAGAACUCCUCCGACUACUUGGGACCGGAGGCGAUCCGCCGAAAGGCAAAUUGGCAACUUGGUCGCCGACAUUCGCACGAAUGGAAGGAAUGAGGGAAAGGGUAGAAAUCAUGAUUGAGGAAGCCUUUAGCAAGAAGGAGUGGAUCAAGAUAGGUCUACCUAUGAAGAAGAGGAGGCAAGAGGACGAGGCCCUGGAAGUUAUGGUGGCAGAAAAAGAGUCGAAAGUCGAACUUGGGGCCAACCUGCCCAAACUAAAGGAGGGUCGGAACGAAACACCAGAGGUGGUGCUUGAAAUCCCACACUUGUUACAACUCGUUAAAGCCAUUGGGUACCACAAGGUGGGGGUGGACCCCGCAGCGCUCGCUAAAUUUGAAGACGGGGUCCGAAAGGGCUACUGUUUGAACGGGAAGCUGGUCAGCAUCCAGCCCCGCGUCCUGGAGAUAGCAGAGCCUAUCCGCGGAAUGAUUAGAGAAGGUGGUACUAUGGAAUGGACCGAGGAUAGAGAAGCGGCAGCCCAGACCCUUAAAGACAUCGUGUCUUCCGAUCAGGUCACCCUAGCAGCACCCUGUUUCAACGAUGAGGUAGGACGGCCCUUCAUCUUAGAAACAUAUGGGGGACCACUGGCAGUUGGAGGAGUGCUGAUACAGAAAAGCGAGGAAGGCAAGGAAAGGCCAAUUAAAUUUGAAAGUAGAACCUUGAAUUCGGCAGAACGGCGCUACUCACAGUUCAAGAAAGAAGUCUUAGCGAUCCUACAUUGCCUUAAGACCUUUCAGGCAUACCUGUUCGGAAGGCGGUUUAUCCUGAGGAUCGAUCCAACCAACGUUGCCGGGGCACUAAAAAACUAUAAGCCUAUAGAUCCGACAGUCGGCAGAUGGAUAGGCCUCAUAUGGCAAUUCGACUACAAGGUCGAACGAAUUGCGGGACUUCGAAACAGGGCAGACGGGUUGAGUAGGGUGUGUAUCACGCCGGAAGGGAUAGAAGACGCGGAGCCAAUUGACGCUUUCCUGGAAUACGAAGGAGGGACCCUUGUCGUGGACAAUGAGAUGGCGGACACCGUGUCGACAACGGGUCAACUGUUGAUCCAGACUUUGGAAAAGGGCGCACCUGCGGUAGUUGCGGAACUCAGGRAAGGACCAGUCACCACGAUUAGACGCAAGCAUGAGAAGGAUUCGUGGGGAGCAAUGAUGGGGCCAAAGGAACAGCUGAUGGCAAUGGUUGUCGAAGGGGGUCGGGAGGCUGUGAUGAAUUUGGUAGAAACUUGGACGCAAAGAGAGCGGCAAUAUCUAGUGAACCAGGCUCAGGAGGAGUACAUCCUGGAUGCAAGGGAUAACCUCAGUGGCUACGUAGAGGCGGUAGCACUCAAGAGAAAGACAGGGAAGGGAGUGGCCGAUUGGAUAGAAGACUUCUAUCUUAGGCACCCCUUUGUGCGUAGGUUCAUAGCGGGCAAUGGAACGGAGUUCGUCAACCAGGAGGUGUUGGGCAGGCUUAAGGCACUAUGCGUACCUAUCAAGAUCAUCGAGCCAUAUCACCCUGAGGCCAAUGCACCAAUAGAAAGGGGACACCGGGCAUUGAAGAACACAAUUGCCAAGUUGGCAGUGGAUGACUUGGGAAACUGACCUCGAUACCUUAAGCAGGCAGUCUUCUCGGAGAACAUGACGCCGAAAAGGACUACGGGAUGCAUCCCGACAGAACUCUGGUAUGGGAGGGAGAUCGAUUUCCCGGUGGAAGCCCUGGUUCCUACCUGGAACAGGCUAAAUGACAAUCCGCACAUGUCUACGAAUGAACUAGUUGCCGCGCG